UAGUCACUGCUGGGGUCUGCUCCAUCAUCUCCAGUCGUGUCUGUUAACAAACACAUCGAAUUCAAUUUUGGAAUAUAAUACUAUUCAUUGUUAGACAAUACACAUUCACACGGAAAAAAAUAAUCGUUAAUUUUUCGAACUCUACAAUUUAAUAUAUCCUGUGAAGAAUCGAAUCAAUCUUUGAUGUAUUAAACCUUUCCGAGGGACAGCAGAUCUAUCCUAUAAGCAAAACAAUGCUUUCUACCGAUUUCUUCCAUGUCUGUGCUGCCUUGGCUUUGAGUUUUGUUUUAGUAAUAGGUACAGAGGAUGACGAAGUAAUAUCUGCAAAUUUGACAGCAGUCGAAGAUCGUUCAGUUUAUCUACCCUGUAAUGUUACUUUCCCAGCUGAAAAUGAUGCGAUCUCUUUAGUGCUUUGGUUCCGGGGAGAUUCUGGUGUUCCAAUCUACAGUCUAGAUGCUCGCAAUGGUUCGAUAUACAAAGCCUUUCAUUUCACAGACGAUAUUCUCGGAACACGUGCUUACUUCGACUUGACCUCAAAACCACCACUACUAAAGAUAGCACCGGUCAGAAAACAGGACGAAGGAGAGUAUGAGUGUCGAGUGGAUUACCGACGAGCACGUACAGAGAAGUGGAGAGGCCACUUAAGUGUCAUUGUUCCUCCCAAGAAUGUUGUUAUUAUGGACGAAAACGGGAAAAAAGUCGAAGGAAUUAUUGGCCCAUUCAACGACGGAGCUUUUCUAUCUUUAUCGUGUGAAGCUCAAGGAGAUCCAACUCCAGCUGUGACUUGGUGGAGAAACUCAACUCUGCUGGAUGAUAAUUACAGCCUAACCACAAGAGGAAUUGCAAGGAAUGCACUGUUGAUCAAACGCCUCCAUAGGGACCAUUUAAUGUCACUGCUCACAUGCCAAGCUUCCAAUACAAACCUUAGCUUGCCAGUCUCCAAAUCAGUGACAUUAGAUUUAAAUUUAAAGCCCCUGGAAGUCCGAAUUUCAACCUUGAAGCGUCCACUAUCGGCAGGCCAAAAGGUAGAAUUAGUGUGUCAGUCUAGUGGUUCCCGACCACCUUCACGAAUUCUGUGGUGGAAAGGAAGAGAGAAAAUGUCCAACAGUACAUCAUCGAAUUAUGACAACAUGACAGUUAGCAAGCUUACGUUUAUACCCACGAUACACGAUCAUGGAAAGUAUCUAUCGUGUCAAGCAGAUAACCCUGUUAUUCCAAAUAGUGCCUUGGAAGAUGGCUGGAUCCUUACCAUCUAUUAUCUUCCCGAGUUGAGGCUUUCGUUAGGAGCAAAUAUACAUCACGAUGCCAUUAGAGAGGGAAGUGACGUGUAUUUCGAUUGUAACAUUCAAGCUAAUCCCUGGGUAUCGGAGGUUGGUUGGCGGUUUGAAGGUAAGCCGCUCUUCAGCAAGACAAAAGAGGGUAUCAUCAUCAGCAACCAAACAUUAGUGUUGCAGAAAGUUACCAGAGAAAGAAGGGGGCGUUAUCAAUGUGUCGCAGCCAACGUUGAAGGAGAAGCUGAAAGCGAAGAAAUAAUGCUACGUGUUCAUUACGCUCCUAUUUGCAAACCUGGUCAGAAAACCGUCUAUGGGGUCGCCAGAUUGGAGUCCGUUGAUAUCAGAUGCGAAGUUUUGGCCGAUCCUGCUGAUCUUACUUUUUACUGGUUUUUGAACAAUACGUUUAAACGGAUUGAGCUGCACUCUUUCACAACAAACGAAACAGUCAGUGAAGCUACGUACAAGCCAAGAACGAGAUACGGUUAUGGUGUUUUGAGCUGUUGGGCAAAAAACGAAAUUGGAAAGCAGAAAGAGCCUUGCAACUUUAGUAUCAUACCCGCAGGACAUCCGGAUCCGGUCAAAAACUGUGGAAUUUUAAACAGAACGAUAACCAGCAUUAAGAUAGAAUGUGAAGCUGGAUAUAAUGGCGGAUUAAAGCAGAUGUUUCAUUUGGAAGUUUUCAAUGCUCCAUUGAAAAAAUUACAGGCAAAUUUAACCAGAACUGAUUUUCCGACAUUUGAUAUUAACCAUCUUCCACCAGGGACAACUUUUAUUCUGGCUAUCUACGCUUCGAAUUCUAAGGGUAAAAGCCACUCCGUCGCACUAACAGCAACGACAUUACCGGCUCCGGAAAAACGAACUGCAAAAAUUGAAAGGCCGGUCAUCAGUCCUGUGUUGGGAAUUUUAAUUGGAAUAGUCGGAGCUCUGGUGUUAAUGGCUGUUUUGAUUGUCGUCUUAAUGAGAUUUAGGAGCCAAGAAGAGGAUAAAGGUUCUGUUGAACAAGAAAUCGUGAACAAGAGUCAGACAUCUUUUCAGAAAGAGAGAGAUGAUGCGCCCGACCCGGAUGCUAGAGAGCCUGAUGUCAUCCCUGCAUCAGUUAUUGAUUCUUACGAGAGAAAUGGCGGUAUUGGAAGAGGAAGUGGUGUCUAUCACACAGCACACAACGGAAAAGGCAGACCACGUGAACCCCCCGGGCUACUCCCGACAUCCUACGAAACCUCUUCAGUGUCUGUUGAAUUGGAUACGCAAGAACCUGCCAUGUUCGUAUCUCAUGCGUCAGGUGCCGUGAGACGAACGAACCCAGCGUCAGAAUACCCUAAGAUCGACAUUUACAAACAAGGAGUUCAACCAGACCACGAAGAAGAUGACAGUAAUAUAACUGUGGAAACUCCCUUAAUGGAACCGUUGUCUAGCAUGGCCGGGAGGCAUCGGGUCACUACUGUCAGCGAUCGGAGCAAGAUUUCAACUCCGGUGUGAUAACUUACAAAGUAGCUGAGCACGCCAUUAGAAAAACAGUGCCAAAUGUAUAAUGUCAGGCGUUGAUAUCAAAGAACGCUUAUGACUUAACAUAUUAUGUGUUUUAAAAGCCAAAUAUUUGUGAAAUGUCGAAAUGUAUAAAUUCGAUAAUCUCUUGGAAAUUAGACUGGAUAAGUACUUGAUCCUCAAAAUUCUUUCAUUUGCUGCGAAUUACUCUUAAGUUCGUAUACUUAUCUCUACUUCAACUAAGGAAGAAUCACAGUAACUUCAUAUGGAAUUCGAUAAUCUCUUGGAAAUUAGACUGGAUAAGUACUUGAUCCUCAAAAUUCUUUCAUUUGCUGCGAAUUACUCUUAAGUUCGUAUACUUAUCUCUACUUCAACUAAAGAAGAAUCACAGUAACUUCAUAUGGAAUUCGAUAAUCUCUUAGAAAUUAGACUGAAUAAGUACUUGAUCCUCAAAAUUCUUUCAUUUGCUGCGAAUUACUCUUAAGUUCGUAUACUUAUCUCUACUUCAACUAAAGAAGAAUCACAGUAACUUCAUAUGGAAUUCGAUAAUCUCUUGGAAAUUAGACUGGAUAAGUACUUGAUCCUCAAAAUUCUUUCAUUUGCUGCGAAUUAUUGUUAAGUUCGUAUACUUAUCUCUACUUCAACUAACAAAGAAUCUUCAUAUGAAGUAACUUCAUAUGGAACAUAUUUAUUUCGUACUUUGUUGGUUGAAACACCGACGUUGCCAGUUAAGAACUAAUAUUUUGUCUCGUGAUUUCCUAACCUUACGUAAAAAACGAAAAUGUAUUUAACAGGAUCCUAACAGGACUUGUGGAGUGUCUGUAAAACCUCUAAGGUAUUAUACCUAAUUCAAGCAAAUGUUAAGUAAGCCACAAACGUAAUAUUGAUCACUAAUAUAUUUUUCAAAUUUUAUUCUUUUUUUUAUUGAAGAAUAAUUGUUAUGUUAGAUUCUUCGUGUUAAUGUAAUGUCUUCGUAGUUGCGUACCGAAUAAAUCAACAAACCUUUCAUGUUCUGUCAAGUAUCAUUCUAUGCGGACGUUUACAUUGAAGUGCAUGUAUAUAAAAUAAAAUUUAAAAAAAAGUAUAUAAAAUAAAAGAUAUAAUUUUUAGUUCGCUGGUUAUUAAAGAAAACGAAAUACAUUUAUGGUAAAUUAUUCAUAUUCACAAUAUUACGAAAAAUAUAAAAUUUGCAGUUUACUGCGAAAGAAAAAAAAGUUUUCUGCAAUGUUUUCAUUUUAUUUUAAACACGGUUGAUUAAUUCAUGCCGGCAACAAGAAUAUUCAUAAUUUAUUCACGAGUUUCAUGUAAUAUGAAACAUUACUUCCCGUAAACCAUUAAUUGAAAGUAUGAAAUCUAAUAGUUGGAAGCAAUGACUUACGACGCCUGAUAAAAUCACAAUAAAAAUUAUUUGAUUCACUCAGUAUGAGUAGAAUAAAGUAAUAUUUGUUCAAAGAUAGUAAGAUUCCGUUUUAUUUGUUAGAAUAUGUGUCUGUUAAAACAACAACAACACAACAACAUAGUUUGACUGGUAUCUGUAUGAUGAAGCUUCGAAUUUUUUGAUUGAAUUUCAGGUGAAUAAAUUAUUUCAGACAAUCGA